UCCUUGGAGGGAAAAGUCUGCAACGCUAGGAACUGUCUUGGAAAAUUAAACAAAGGCAAGCCAAAGGGGAACGACUUGAAAAGAACUUGUUUUGUUCCCGUUAAGAGACCUGCAGGAAAAUCCACACCCACGUUGUCCAGUUUUGAAGUGGCAAGUGUAUGUGUGUGUGUGUGUGUUUCAAGCAAGAAGCAGAGGAGGCACAAACAACUGUAUGUCUCUGCUUUGAUAAGGAAACUGCUGGCCAUAGAAGUUAACCAGCAAAGGAAGGAAUACAGCCUUGAACCACCCGCUCCUCAACUUAAACUGCAUUGUUUUCUGUCCAGAUAUUCCAAUGGAGACAGCUGGAAAACCUGUAUUUCAGAGAAAAGAAGUUUUCAGUGGAAGUUCAUGACCCACGCAGGGCUUCGGUGACAAGAAGGACGUUUGGACACAGCGGCAUUGCAGUGCACACGUGGUAUGCAUGCCCAGCAUUAAUCAAGUCUAUUUGGGCUAUGGCCAUUAGCCAACACCAGUUCUAUCUGGACAGAAAGCAGAGUAAGUCCAAGAUCCAUGCCGCGAGAAGUCUGAGUGAGAUUGCUAUUGACCUGACCGAGACUGGCACGCUGAAGACCUCUAAGCUGGCCAACAUGGGGAGCAAAGGGAAGAUUAUCAGCGGCAGCAGCGGGAGUCUCCUGUCGUCAGGCUCUCAGGAAUCAGAUAGCUCUCAGUCGGCCAAGAAAGACAUGCUGGCCGCCUUGAAAUCCAGGCAGGAAGCCCUGGAGGAAACCCUGCGCCAGCGGCUGGAGGAGCUGAAGAAACUCUGUCUCCGAGAAGCUGAGCUCACAGGCAAACUGCCAGUUGAAUACCCCCUGGAUCCAGGGGAGGAACCACCCAUUGUUCGGAGAAGAAUAGGGACUGCCUUCAAACUGGAUGAACAGAAAAUCUUGCCCAAAGGAGAGGAAGCUGAGCUGGAACGUCUGGAACGAGAGUUUGCCAUUCAAUCCCAGAUUACAGAGGCUGCCCGUCGCCUAGCCAGUGACCCCAACGUCAGCAAAAAACUGAAGAAACAAAGGAAAACCUCUUAUCUGAAUGCCCUGAAGAAGCUACAGGAGAUUGAAAACGCAAUCAACGAGAACCGCAUCAAGUCUGGGAAGAAACCCACCCAGAGGGCUUCGCUGAUCAUAGAUGAUGGAAAUAUUGCCAGUGAAGACAGCUCCCUCUCAGAUGCCCUUGUUCUUGAGGAUGAAGACUCUCAGGUUACCAGCACAAUAUCCCCCUUACAGUCUCCUCACAAAGGACUCCCUCCUCGGCCACCAUCGCACAACAGGCCCCCUCCUCCCCAGUCCCUGGAGGGACUUAGGCAGAUGCACUAUCACCGGAACGACUACGACAAGUCACCCAUAAAGCCCAAAAUGUGGAGUGAGUCCUCUUUGGAUGAGCCUUAUGAGAAGGUCAAGAAACGUUCCUCCCACAGUCAUUCCAGUAGCCACAAGCGUUUCCCCAGCACAGGAAGCUGUGCCGAAGCAGGAGGGGGAAGCAGCUCCUUACAGAACAGCCCCAUCCGAGUCCUCCCUCACUGGAACUCCCAGUCCAGCAUGCCGUCCACACCAGACCUCCGGGUCCGGAGUCCCCACUAUGUUCAUUCCACUAGGUCGGUGGAUAUCAGCCCCACGCGACUGCACAGUCUCGCACUGCACUUUAGGCACCGGAGCUCCAGCUUGGAGUCCCAAGGCAAGCUCCUGGGCUCCGAGAACGACACGGGGAGCCCCGACUUCUACACCCCAAGGACUCGUAGCAGCAACGGCUCAGACCCCAUGGAUGACUGUUCCUCUUGCACCAGCCACUCCAGCUCGGAGCACUACUACCCCGCCCAGAUGAACCCCAACUACUCCACGCUGGCCGAGGACUCGCCAUCCAAGGCCCGUGAGCGGCAGCGGCAGCGGCACAAGUCGGCGGGCAACCUGGUGUCGUCGAACUCGGGGAGUAUGCCCAACCUGGCGGCGCGCAACAGCGCGGGCCCGCAUGGCGUCUACCUGCACAGCCAGAGCCAGCCGAGCUCACAGUACCGCAUCAAGGAGUACCCGCUGUACAUCGAGGGCAGCGCCACGCCCGUGGUGGUGCGCAGCCUGGAGAACGACCAGGAGGGCCACUACAGCGUGAAGGCGCAAUUCAAGACCUCCAACUCGUACACGGCGGGCGGCAUGUUCAAGGAGAGCUGGCACGGUGACGAGGGCGACGCGUUGCGGCUGACGCCUUCACGCUCGCAGAUCAUCCGGACUCCGUCGCUGGGCCGCGAGGGCGCCCACGACAAGGGGCGGGCCGCCGUCUCCGACGAGCUGCGGCAGUGGUACCAGCGCUCCACGGCCUCGCACAAGGAGCACAGCCGCCUGUCGCACACCAGCUCCACCUCUUCGGACAGCGGCUCCCAGUACAGCACCUCCUCCCAGAGCACCUUCGUGGCGCACAGCAGGGUAACCAGGAUGCCCCAGAUGUGCAAGGCCACGUCAGCUGCCUUACCUCAAAGCCAGAGAAGCUCAACACCGUCGAGUGAAAUUGGAGCCACCCCCCCGAGCAGUCCCCACCACAUCCUAAGCUGGCAGACUGGGAGCUACAGUGACAGCUGUUUCCUGGAUUCUUCCCUUUAUCCAGAACUAGCUGACAUCCAGUGGUACGGGCAGGAAAAAGCCAAGCCCGGGACCCUCGUGUGAGCCAGCUCGGCCUCAGUCUGACCGCCUCAACGACAUUCUGAGAUCACCUCACUGCCUCUCAUUUGCCUUACCCAGAUGCACUGUCACCCUGCACCAGCUUCAGCCCUCAGCACUUUCUUUCUCCCGUCUCCGCAUCCCCUUACUCUAAAAAACCUGACUGAGGAGACAUUCUGGAAGGUUCCGGUCCCACUGUGUGUCCCCUGGCUAUCUUGCCCACAGAGAGCCAGACACCAAUCCUCAAUGGCACCUUGGUGGCUUCCCCCCUGUCAUGACAGCCCCCAGGCCAGGAACCCUCAAGGAAGCUGGCUGGCAUCCAGUUCCUGUGGAUGAGUGGCAUGGGUAGAGAACAGGAAAGGAAAUUAAGUACAGGGUGAUGCAGAAAGACCUCUAGGCCAACCAAGCACUUCUUGAAGAGGAGGCCUGUGGGGGAUAUUCAGUUUAUACCUGAAAUAUUCCUUAAUGAAAUGGCUUGGAGUGGGGAAUGGAUGUUGGGAGGGGGGAGAACGAAAAAGAAAUCUUAACACUUCAGAGAUGCAUCGGAGGAUCACAAUCAGUUCUAUGCUGCCAAAGAUUAAAAAAAUAAAUAAAACACAAAAAAAUAAGAGGGGCCAAGAGGAAGGCAUUCUUUCUGCAAUGAAACUUCUUUUAAAUUUUAAAUUGCUACUUCAUACCACAAGUGAAAGUCAACCAUGUGUAAACUGUUUCCUCUCCUUAUUCCUGUCCCUUAACAUUCCACUUCUCUCUCAGUACAGAGCCUGAACAACUAACCCAAUGGGAUGGUAAAGAUGAGGGAGUCUUGGCUAGCAUUGCCUACUCGGAAGUGCCACCAACCUGGACGUGAAGGAAAACAGACCCAUGGGGAUUAGCAGAGUGUACGCUUCACCCUGGUCUGUCCAGGUGGUUCAGCCCAAGCCCAAGACACAAAGCUGCUUUCCUUUUGGGAUUUGUGGUAAACUUGAGGUGACGAUUACCAAAAGUGGUUCUCUAUCAUGACAACAACCAGUAAAAGUGUAUCCUAUUUUUUUGCACAAUGUGUGUCAUUUUAUUUUUUGCGGGAAACCAAGGGAAAAGCACAUUGCAGUCCAUUCGAGUGUUUACCUGUCGUGGCCCAUUUUAUGUUUGUUAGCACUUGUGUGACAUAGAGCUCAGAUCUGACUUCUCUCAGCACCCGGUUACCAGUGUGUCAUUUAUUCAAAGAACCCAACUAUGCUCUUAAGCAGUACAGUUUUACUUAUGUGUCUACUAGCUAGGAGGCAGAGCAGGGUUGAAAAAAAUACCAGCUCCCAGAGGGCCCAUAUACCUAAAACAUUAUCCGUUACCUUGAUGCAUCACAUUUGUCUGCAGAUACCAAAAGAGGAAGAAAGAAGGAAAAGGGGGAAAAAAAGUGUGGGAGCUGCAUGUUUACAUGUGUUUUGAGCUAUAUGCUUAAUACACAACUGGAAAGCCAUCAAUCUUCAAAGGCCUCAAAAAUACUUUUUAAUAACUACCAAGUGCACAAUCUUAGUUGGGUUAUUCAAGAUGGCACAAACAAGGUCUCCACAGAGGUGUUAUGCUGUGCUUGUUGGCGCACGUAGUGGGGGAGGGGGGGUGGGAAUUUUUCACUUUUAAUGACUUCCUAUUAAAAAAGCAUUCAAC